AUGGAACUCAAGCCUAUCCCAGCGAACUAUACUUCCUCAGACCAUCCAGACGAAACGCAAGACUUUCCCAGCGAACUAAACUUCCCCAGACCAUCUACACGGACCUCCAAUCUAUACCAGCCAACUAUACUGCCCAAGACCCUCCAUACGGAACUCCAGCCUAUUCAAGCGAACUAUACUGCCACAGACUCUCCACAAGGACCUCCAGCCUAUCCCAACGAACUAUACUGUCCCACUUCCUCAACACAGAGCCCCAGCCUAUCCCAGCAAACUAUACUGCCCCAGACCCUCCACUCGGAACUCCAGCCUAUCCCAGCGAACUGUACUUCCCCAGACCAUCCACAUGGACAUCCAGCCUAUCUCAGCGACAUAUACUGCCCCAGACCAUGCACACGGACCUCCUGCCUUUCACAGCGAACCAUACUGCACAUGUCCAUCCACAUGGACCUCCAGCCUAUCCCACGAAAUAAACUGCCCCAGACCCUCCACACGGAACUAAAGCCUAUCCCAGCGAACUAUACUGUCCCAGACCAUCCACAUCGACCUCAAGCCUAUCCCAGCAAACAACACUGUCCCAGACUAUACACAAGGAACUUCAGCCUAUCCCAGCAAACUAUACUGCCCCAGACCAUCCACACGGAACUCAAGUCUAUCCCAGCGAAAUAUACUGCCUCAGAACCUCCACACGGAACUCCAGCCUAUCCCAGCAAACUAUACUGUCCCAAACCAUCCACAUGGAACUCCAGUCUAUCCCAGCGAACUAUACUGCAACAGACCCUUCACAUGGACCUCCAGCCUAUCACAGCGAACUAUACUUCCCCAGACCAUCGACACGGACCUCCAAUCUAUACCAGCGAAUUAUACUGCCCCAGACCCUCCACACGGAACUCCAGCCUAUCCCAGCGAACUAUAUUGUCCCAGACCAUCCACAUGGACAUCAAGCCUAUCCCACGAACUAUACUGCCCCCGACUCUCUACACGGACCUCCAGCCUAUCCCAGACAACUAUACUGCCCAGACCAUCCAAACUGACCUCCAGCCUAUCACAGCAACUAUACUGCCCAGACCCUCAACACGGACCUCCAGCCUAUACCAGCGAACUAUACUGCCCCAGACCCUCCACACGGACUUCCAGCCUAUCCCAGCAAACUAUACUGCCCCAGACCAUCCACAAGGAUCUCCAGCCUAUCCCAGCGAGCUGGACAGCCUCAGACCAUCCACAAGGAACUCCAGCCUAUACCAGAGAACUAUACUGCCACAGACCCUCCAACCGGACCUCCAGCUUAUACCAGCGAACUAUACUGCCCCAGACCAUCAACACGGAGCUCCAGCCUUUCCCAGCGAACUAUACUGCCACAGACCCUCCACACGGACCUCCAGCUUAUCCCAGCGAACUAUACUGCCCCAGACCAUCCCCAUGGAGCUCAAGCCUACCAUGCACAUGGACCUCAAGCCUAUCCCAGCAAACUACACUACCCCUGACCAUACACAAGAAACUCGUGCCUAUCCCAGCGAACAAUACUACCCCAGAUCAUCAAAACGGAACUCCAGCCUAUCCCAGCAAACUAUAAUGCCCCAAACCAUCCUCACGGAACUCAAGUCUAUCCCAGCGAACUAUGCUACCCCAGACCCUCCACACGGAACUCCAGCCUAUCCCAGAAAACUAAACUGCCCCAAACCAUCGACACGGAUCUCCAGUCUAUCCUAG